UAGUCUCUGCUUUCCGCUCGGUGUGCUAUUGCUAGGCGACCAGCGUGCCCAGUGACCCGGUUCAGGCUCCGCCGAGGCUUGCGCUCUCACUAACGAGCCUGUAUUUAUCAUCAGCUCCCAGUUAAACCCGACUCAGACUUCCACACGUAUAGUGGUCGGUAACCUACCUGCCAGCCGUGACAGAAGAUGUCUGGUCCAGGAAAUAGAGUGAUGCUGGUGCUGGGAGUGGCGGUGCUGCAUGCGGUGUCUGCUCUUAUCGAGCCAUCAAUCAAUGCAUCAGACCACUUCAUCCUACCCAAAAAUUACCACGGGCCAUCGGUCACAUUACAGUGUAACCUGACUACCUCCCAGCUCACCCAACCUGAAAGCUACUGGAUGAAGAAUGGAGAGGAGCUCCCGGACACACGGACAAGGCUGAGCGCCACUGAAUACAUAAUCAAGAAACCAAGGGCAGAUGAUGCAGGGGAGUAUAUGUGUGUGUACAUACUUGACCUGGGCCCUCCUGCCAAUGCUACCAUUGAAGUGAAAGCUGCUCCAGAGAUCACAGGACACAAGCGCAGUGAGAAUAAGAACGAAGGAGAACGCGCUGUCCUCUAUUGCAAGUCCGUUGGCUACCCUAAUCCUAUCUGGUUCUGGCGCAAGUUAAACAACGGUGGCUCUUUUGAGAUUGACAACUCCUCCGGCCGCUUUUUUAUCAGCAACAAGGACAACUACACAGAGCUGUCGAUCAUUAACCUGGACAUCAAUUCUGAUCCUGGAGAAUAUGAGUGUAACGCCACUAAUAUCAUUGACUCCACUAGCAUGACCUCAGUGCUUCGUGUGCGGAGUCACCUGGCUCCACUCUGGCCCUUCCUGGGCGUCCUUGCUGAAAUCAUCAUUUUGAUCCUCAUCAUUGUCAUCUACGAGAAACGCAAGAAGCCUGAUGAAGUUCCAGAUGAUGAUGACUCAGCUGGGCCAAUGAAAACUAAUUCAACUAACAAUCACAAAGACAAAAACCUACGUCAAAGGAAUACAAAUUAAACCAACCACUAGUACAAUGAAGACAUUCAUAUCAUGACCAUAUGAACGUAACACAAAGGAGUUCAUUGUUUAAGAAAGCUUAUACUGGUGUUAAGAAAGUAUUGGUGAGAUGAAAUAUAUGACCACUCAAGGCAUGCCUUAUGAAUGUGUUGGCAAGAGGAUGUCUAAUGAGAAAUAUUACUAAUAACAGUGUAAAUAUUAUGAACAUUUUAUUGCAUGAUUGUGUUGCUUUCAAUAUUUACCUUUGAUUCACAAUGCCUUUUCUUUUUCAUGUCAAAAAAUAGAGAUAUG